UUGUUUUGCCAGGUGGACCCCUGUGUGUGCCGUAGGUGUCAGGAGAAGGCGCAGGCAUGGCAGACAGUGCCAACCACUUGCCCUUCUUCUUUGGCAACAUCACCCGGGAGGAGGCUGAAGACUACCUGGUCCAGGGGGGCAUGAGCGACGGGCUCUACCUGCUUCGCCAGAGCCGCAACUACCUGGGUGGCUUCGCGCUGUCGGUAGCGUAUGACAGGAAGGCGCAUCACUACACCAUCGAGCGCGAGCUGAAUGGGACCUAUGCCAUCUCGGGCGGUAGGACCCACGGCAGCCCGGCCGAGCUCUGCCACUACCACUCCCAGGAGCUGGACGGCCUCGUCUGCCUGCUCAAGAACCCUUUCAACCGGCCGCCAGGGGUGCAGCCCAAGACCGGCCCCUUUGAGGACCUGAAGGAGAACCUCAUCCGGGAAUACGUGAAACAGACAUGGAACCUCCAGGGUCAAGCCCUGGAGCAGGCAAUUAUCAGCCAGAAACCUCAGCUGGAGAAGCUGAUUGCCACCACAGCCCAUGAAAAAAUGCCCUGGUUCCACGGAAAAAUCUCUCGGGAUGAAUCUGAGCAGAUUGUCCUGAUAGGAUCAAAGACAAAUGGGAAGUUUUUGAUCAGGGCCAGGGACAACGGGUCUUAUGCCCUGUGCCUGCUGCACGAGGGGAAGGUGCUGCACUACCGCAUCGAUAAGGACAAAACUGGGAAGCUUUCCAUCCCCGGCGGGAAGAACUUCGACACCCUCUGGCAGCUCGUGGAACAUUAUUCUUAUAAAUCAGAUGGUUUGUUAAGAGUUCUUACAGUUCCAUGUCAAAAAAUUGGUGGGCAAACGGGAAAUGAUAGUUUUCGUCCACAACUUCCAAGUGCUCAUCCUGCGACUUGGUCAGCGGGUGGAAUAAUCUCAAGAAUCAAAUCAUACUCCUUCCCAAAGCCUGGCCACAGAAAGGCCUCCUCGCCCCAAGGGAACCGGCCAGAGAGUUUGGUGUCGUACAACCCUUACGAGUCAGACCGAGGGCCCUGGGCCAACGAAAGAGAAGCCCAGAGAGAAGCCUUACCCAUGGACACCGAGGUCUAUGAAAGCCCCUAUGCAGACCCCGAGGAGAUCAGACCCAAGGAGGUCUACCUGGACCGGAAGCUGCUGACCCUGGAGGACAAGGAACUGGGCUCUGGGAACUUCGGGACUGUGAAGAAGGGGUACUACCAGAUGAAAAAAGUUGUGAAAACAGUGGCUGUGAAAAUCCUGAAAAAUGAGGCCAAUGAUCCCGCUCUUAAAGAUGAGUUAUUAGCAGAAGCAAACGUCAUGCAACAGCUGGACAACCCUUACAUAGUUCGCAUGAUCGGAAUAUGUGAAGCCGAGUCCUGGAUGCUGGUUAUGGAGAUGGCUGAACUUGGUCCACUCAACAAAUAUUUACAGCAGAACAGGCACGUCAAGGAUAAGAACAUCAUAGAGCUGGUUCAUCAGGUGUCUAUGGGAAUGAAAUACUUGGAAGAGUGCAAUUUUGUGCACAGAGAUCUGGCUGCAAGGAAUGUAUUGUUGGUUACUCAACAUUAUGCCAAGAUCAGUGACUUUGGACUCUCCAAAGCACUCCGUGCCGAUGAAAACUACUAUAAGGCCCAGACCCACGGGAAGUGGCCCGUGAAAUGGUACGCUCCGGAAUGCAUCAACUACUACAAGUUCUCCAGCAAGAGCGACGUCUGGAGCUUCGGAGUGUUGAUGUGGGAAGCGUUUUCCUAUGGACAGAAGCCGUAUCGGGGGAUGAAAGGAAGCGAAGUUUCUGCUAUGCUGGAGAAAGGAGAGAGGAUGGGGUGCCCCCCGGGGUGUCCAAGAGAGAUGUAUGAGCUGAUGACGCUGUGCUGGACCUAUGACGUGGAGAACAGGCCUGGAUUUGUAGCGGUGGAGCUGCGGCUGCGCAAUUACUACUACGAUGUGGUUAAUUAACGUCUCCCACGCCCGUCCGUGGCUGCCUUUGAGCAGAUGAGCAGUCGCAGGAAGACCAUUCCAGUGCCUUGAUUUUGAGUCUCCAUCUCCCUCUGCCCAUUAGGAGAGCCAGCUCAGGUGGAGCAUAUCCGUGACUGUUGUUCCCCAAAGCCUGUCCCCGAACAAGCCUUCCACAGAGCAGACCCCUCCCGGAGGAGGCCCAGAUUGAUGGAUAGACACCAGGAUUGCAGGACCCGUGGAUUCAUGUUUCUUGUCUGGGUGGCAGGUUAUUUGCAGGAUCGGUUUCCAAAUUCCUUUCUGUCUUUCCAGUUCUGGGGCUGUGGGCCGCACUGGAAUCACCAUAGGGGGUAAAGCGCCCGUUAGCUGCUCUUUCAGUGGCCAGAGGGUGCCACUG